CCGGAAGUAUAGUUUUUCGAUCAGUCCACUUUCCUCUGUGGCGUUGUUUAGCAUCCCUUUUGAUGUUACUGCGUUUUAAUCCUUGAAAGGAGGUCUGACUAUAUGGGUUCCAAAUACACACUGAUGGGAGGAAUGAAAAUGGAUUCCACUCACAAUGUCACUCCCCAUCAAACAAGACACACGAGGUGUUCCUGACUUUAUCUGAAUGAUGUGACAUGAAUGAACAAAAUAGCUUUUUAUAGCUGCACUCGAACAAACAUCCAACUUGAGUUGCUAAUAUAACUUGUUAAUUAAAGGGAACUUUUUAACAAUCCUAGAAUAUGAAUUGGGCCUAAUUCUGUACAUCUUAAAGUAGAUUUCCCUGACGUUGAAGGGGAAUGCAGACUUGUCGCCCAUAGACCGCAUGCGAGUGUGAUGCCCAGGCGAAGCUUGCCGCUGCAGGGCCGGAUGCGCUGGAUGCUCCUGGGGCUCUUCCUGUUGCUGGUCCUCCUCCUCUUUGCUUACCUGCUGGAGUGCACUCCCCCAGCUGAUGUUAGCCUGGUCCUGCCUGGCCUGGGAGGGGAGUCCCAUGGAAAGGAGUACUACCAGGCACUGCUGCAAGAGCAGGAGGAGCGGCACGUAAGCCGCGCCGCCAGCCUCAAGCGGCAGAUCGCCCAACUCAAGCAAGAGCUCCAGGAGAUGAGUGAGAAACUCAAGGUCCUGCAGGACAGAAAGGAAGGUCCUGGGGUCCAGGGGCUGGUUGAAACCAAGGACCAGGAGCCUGGGGAUCUUCUCGAAUUCCUCCACUCCCAGAUCGACAAAGCCGAGGUGAACACGGGAGCACGGCUGCCCAGCGAGUACGCCCUGGUCCCCUUCGAGAGCUUCACCUCUAGUAAGGUGUAUCAGCUGGAGAUGGGGCUGACCAGGCACCCAGAGGAGAAGCCUGUGCGGAAGGACCGCAGGGAUGAGCUGGUGGAGGUCAUUGAGGCAGCCCUGGACGUCAUAAACAACCCAGACGAGGAGGAUGGCCAGGAGGAUGAUGUGCCCAUGCAGAGGCAGACCUACACCGAGAGCCACUUUACUGAGGGGCUGUACAGAACAGAACGGGACAAGGGCACACUCUACGAGCUCUUCUUUGCAAAAGAGGACUCUGACAACUUCCGCCAUGUCACUCUUUUCCGUCCUUUUGGUCCUUUAAUGAAAGUCAGAAGCACGUCCGUAGAAACAACUGGAAUCAUCAUCAAUAUCAUUGUGCCGUUGGCAGGCAGAACAGAGGCAUUCUCACAUUUCCUACACAACUUCAGGGAAGUUUGCAUAGAACACGAUAGGCGAGUGCAUCUUACGGUGGUCUACUUUGGACAAGAGGGCUUACAAGAGGUGAAGUCUUAUUUGGAAAAAAUGUCCAGGGAGGCAAGCUUUUCCAACUACACACUUAUCCCAGUGGACGAGGAGUUUUCCAGAGGCAGGGGUCUGGACAUCGGUGCCCAUACCUGGAAGAAGGGUGACGUAUUGAUGUUCUUCUGUGAUGUGGAUAUCUACUUCACACUGGACUAUCUCAACACCUGCCGUCUUCACACCGCUCCAAACAAGAGAGUCUUUUAUCCGGUGGUUUUCAGUUUGUAUAAUCCUGCCAUAGUCUAUGGAAAUCUGGAGCUGGCUCCCCCCAUUGAAAGUCAACUUAUUCACAAGAAAGAUGCUGGAUUCUGGAGAGAUUUUGGCUUUGGAAUGACAUGUCAGUACCGCUCGGACUUCCUCAAUAUAGGAGGUUUUGACCUGGAAGUGAAAGGUUGGGGUGUGGAAGAUGUCCACUUGUACAGGAAGUACCUGCGGAGCGACCUGAUUGUGAUGCGUACGCCGGUAUCCGGCCUCUUCCACCUGUGGCACGAGAAGCAGUGUGCAGACGAGCUGACCCCAGAACAGUAUCGCAUGUGCAUCCAGUCCAAAGCCAUGAACGAGGCGUCCCAUUCCCACCUGGGCAUGCUGGUGUUCCGCGAGGAGAUUGAGAAUCACCUCCGCAAGCAGGCCUACAAGACCCAGAGCAAUACUGAAAACUGAAUGCCUUUUCGUUAGGUGGCCAUCUUGGGUACUCUAAAUCAGAACUCCUCGCAAAAAAAAUAAUACAAGAGCUGAGGUACACUCAUGUCGUUACUAACAUGAUUAAAAUGCACUAUAUAGAAGACCAGUUUACACAAAAUCCUGUUACAUUUCACAGCUCAGCUAGACACCUAUGGAUGUUAGUAAAUGUGAAGUGUCAACUUAAACAUUUCAAGAGACUGAGAAUGGCACUACCUGUGUCAACAACACAAAAAGGCUAAUGGUACAUCUUUGAAGCUGGGGAAACUUGCAUAACCUAUCAUUAGCAAGUCAAGGCAAUGUUCUUGCAUGUGAGGUCAAGCAAUCAAUGGACGUGUUAUUUUUUUUUUAUCGCUACUGUAACCUGUUCUCUCUAUAGCCAUAUUGUUUAAUUUGUGUAAUGUUAAGCUUGGUUUAAAGUUGUACAGUGAUUAAAAAAAGGGACCUUUUUAUGUUAGAAUAUGAUUUGUUCAAAGGAACCAUCAGUCAGAGGCAGUGUUUAUCAGCAUUGAAGAAGGUUUAUCCUAUCAGCGUUUAUUUGGAAAUGUACCAAAUUCUACAGAUCGGACUGGAUUGAAGAAGCAAUUGAAACAAAGCUUUGCAAAAAGCAUGCAGCACAUUCAUAAUUUGCACAAGUGUCAUUCUUCUGACAUUUCUUGAUUUAUUCUCUGAGGAUGAUUCACAGUAUUAUUUCAUUAAAUUGAGCCUUGCAGCCACUCUGCCAGUUAAAUCUUGAAUGGAAUAAUGUAUAAAUAAUAAUUUUUUUGCA